AUGUUGCACCCAAGUGACACGCCCUUGGAACCGGGGCGAAGCAUGGACCCGAUUCCUUACGGCGUAGAAUUGAAGUUUGAGAAUUUGCGCACCUUUGAAAUGCUCAAUAGCUUGUAUGGCGUGGAAAAUUAUGCUCAAAUGUUGUUUUUCUUUGAGGCACAGCUGCGGCGGGUCGAGUACGACGAUUAUCCGACGCCGCCUGCAGAUGUUCUAAUAGUGCUGAUAACUUUGUCAGUGUUACCAGAAUUUGGUACUACACAGCUAGUGGCAGAAUUAGAUCCUUACAACGUAACCAGAGCUUCCAUCAGUUCACGUAGUUUGAAGAUAUUACAAGAGCUCGCAGCACGUUUGCGCAAUCCCAAAAUGUCGAACCUUCACAGUACCCAACUGCUUCGCAGCCAGUUUUUCCUUUUGCUGGAUCACAUAAACUGCUUGACUUCGGAACCCUUCAUGCACAGUAUGGGCGAUCCAAAGAAACGGCGCAAAACAAACUCAGGAAUUCGGAUCGAGCCCACGCCUGAGACUAACUCAAGUGAAAAUUCCCGUGCAGGGUAUCGUAACCCAUAUUCUGCUUACGUCAGUGCUUUAGAUCAGAAAAACGAGAUUCUUAAGACCACUGUCUUGACCACUAUACUUAGUCCUGAAGGCGAAUUUUGGAAUUGUGUAGCGUGGGCACUAGUGCUUUCGAUUUCCGAGGACUCACAUCUUUACGAAAGGAGCAAACUAUGGGUACCAUUACUGACCCUACUUUUCGGUCUAUUUGAGUUGCAAAAUGACUUUUACCUUGGAGCUCGAGCUAGUUGCCACGCCAGUGAUGACAUAUCCAUGAUCCAAGACAGCCCUUUAGCUUGUUUGUUCAAAUCCCUCAACUCAGAGUACUUACACAAUGCAUUCUGUGAUAUUCUUCUGCUGGGUUUAGACUACGCAACAGGAAAUUUUACCGUACAUCCGAUCUACCAUAAAGAACUGAAAGUUCCUGUGGAGUAUGCACCAAGAAACUCAAAAGUAAGAUCGCUGAAGAUUUUAGAAUCGAUGCAUUUCCGCCACCGUCUUCUAAAUCUACUCUACGCUUUUUUGAGGACGAUACCGGAGGGUGAAGAGUUGAUUGAACCAAGGGUGUCCGAAGCAAAGUUUAUUCAAAGUUUAGGAUUAUCUUUGAGUAGUAUCGACAACCUCACUCAGCUGAGGCAAUUUUUCGCUGUAUAUGAGAUAGGGCAAUGUCUGGAGUAUAUGCCGCUAAUCGCUCAAGCGACGUUAAACGAGAGUUUCUUAGACAAAAAUUGCAAACCUGUUAAUCUGGUAGACAACAUCGGUGGAGUUGAGUCCAUGGUAGGAGAACUUAUUGAGAUGUUCACCCCGAGUUUUCCUCCUCUUGACAGUGAUUGUGAUCUUUUACCCGAAGUGCUUUACAAGCUGGUUGAAAGAUGUGAUAUAUGCUUGCUGGUCAUUUUGAGGUUUUGGGAAUUCGUUCACAAAUCAGCACAUCUGAGAACUCGACGUUCGUUAGAAAAUCUUUUCCACGCAGUUGCCGCCAGUGACAAAAGACGCCAAGAAUUCAUUAAAGAAAUGGGCUGGCACAAAGAGGACCAUAUGAUGCCCUCUUUAUAUCCACACAUGGAAAAAAUACUUCAAUUAAUCUAA